AUGGCGGAGGUGGGGCGGGCGGCGGUGCCCGCUGGCGGCGCGCCGCUCCCCGGGGGCUUCUGGGCGGCGGUGGCCGUGUGGCUGGAGAGGCCGCAGGUGGCCAACAAGCGGCUGUGCGGCGUCCGCCUGGAGGCCCGACGGCGCGCCGCCCGGCCCUGGGCCCAGGCCCCCGAGUCCGGGCCGGGCGCAAGCCCCGAGCCGGAGGAGCCGGACCCGGCGCCGCGUCCGCGUUCCCCGGAGGCGGCUCCGGACCCCAGGCCGCGGGCGGGGCCCCGGCAGGGCGCGGCGGACGACGGGCCCCGGGAGGCCCAGGACGGGCGCCAGCCAGGGGAGGCCCGGGACGAGGCCGCCGCGGGGCCCGGGCGGCGCGGCCAGGCGGCGCUCGGACGGGACGACUUCCCCGCCCCGGACCUGGAUUCUCUCUGGGACGGCCUCUGCCGCAGCCUCGCCGCUGGCCAUCGGGAGUUGCUGGCCUUUCUCGCCGGCCCCGGCUCCGACGCGGGACCGCAGCCAGAGGAUCAGCAAGAGCUCGACGUGGUUCUCAGAACCGUCAUCCCGAAAACGACCCCGCAGCGCCCGCUCACCGCUCCCAGGAGAGAGAUCGUCGUGCAAGAUGUUCUCCGCGGAACCGUCACGUUCCUGCCUUUGGAGGAGGGCGCUGAGGGCCGUCUGACGGCGCAGAUGGGCAACGUGUAUCAGAUCCGGCUCGGCCGCCAGGAGGAGGAGUGGUUCAUAUCUGUUUUAAUUUUCUGUCCAGAACAAUGGCAUUCAGACGGUAUUGUUUACCCCAAGCCUUCCUGGCUUGGGGGCGAGCUGCUGGCCAGGCUGGCCAGGUGGGCUGGCGAGGGCAGGAAGAGCGGGUGUAAAGGCUCCCUGUCCCUCAUCUCCAUGGCCAAGUACAGCAGCACUUACCAGGAGCUGAAGGCCAAGUAUAAAGACCUGGUGAAGGUGUGGCCUGAAGUCACUGACCCUGAGAAGUUUGUGUUUGAAGACGUGGCUAUCGCUGCCUACCUGCUGGUUCUCUGGGAGGAGGAGCGCGCCGCGCGAGCACUGGCGGCCAGGCAGUCCUUUGUUGACCUGGGCUGCGGGAACGGCCUCCUGGUCCACAUCCUGAGCAGCGAGGGGCAUCCGGGCAGAGGGAUUGACGUCCGGAGAAGGAAGAUCUGGGACAUGUAUGGCCCGCAGACCCGCCUGGAGGAAGGUGCGGUCAUGCCCAGCGACGAGGCCCGCUUCCCUGAUGCCGACUGGUUGAUCGGCAACCACUCCGAUGAGCUGACCCCCUGGAUCCCCGUCAUUGCUGCCAGGUCCUCCUACAGCUGCCGCUUCUUCCUGCUCCCCUGCUGCUUCUUCGACUUCGUGGGGAGGUACCGCCGCAGGCAGAGCCAGAAGACGCAGUACCGCGAGUACCUGGACUUCGUGCGCGAGGUGGGCGCGGCGUGCGGCUUUCACGUGGAGGAGGACGGCCUGCGCAUCCCGUCCACCAAGAGGGUUUGUCUCAUCGGGAAAUCCAGAACAUACCCGCCUGCCGCAGAGGCUGCCGCCGAUGCGCGGAGAACGCAGUACAUCAGCAAGCGGGGCUGCCCCGGGGGCCCCCCUGGCCCGGUCACCGUGGGUGGGACCCACCACCCCGACAGUCUCCACGCCCGGAGGCAGAGUCUGCACGGGGCAGAGGCCCAGGAAGCCCAGGACGCAGGACUCUGGCUGCCCGGGUUUCGGCCCAGAGAGAAGGCCGAGCGCGUGAGGAACUGCACCGCCCUCCCACGGGACCUCACUGACCGGGUGGUCCUGCAGGUGGCCGGCUUGCUGCUGGGGCAGAGGCCACUGGACUUGAGUUCCCCAGGUGGGAGCACGAAGACCUGGAAUCGAGGAGGGAGCCUGUCCUUGGCAGAAGUGGCCAGCAAGCUGGACAGGGGGACGCUGCAGAGGCUGAAGCGGGAAUGCGGGGGCUUGCAGACGCUGCUGAGGAACAGCCACCAGGUGUUUGAAGUUCUGAACGGGAGAGUCCGCCUUCGCGACUGGCGGGAGGAGGUGCGGCGGGAGGCAGAGCGGCCGGAGGCCAAGCAGAGACUCUUCUCCGAAGCUUUCAAGACCCGCCUCUGCUGGUUCUUCACUCACCACCCCGACGGCUGCGUCCUGUCUGCGCUCAGCUGCCCGUUUGCCCACGGGCCUGGGGAGCUGCGGCCACCCCGGGCCCCCAGGAAGAAGCAGUGAUGAGUCCCGCCCGGCCUCCAGGCUGGCCGGCGCAGGGAGGCCCGCGCACUCCGCCCUUGGGCAACUGGGCAUCUUGGGAUUUUAGACAAAGGGCUCCAGCCAACCUCUUGUUUGUUUGAUUUCCUAGGGGCGGGGAGGGGUGCCCCCUGCUCCCCAUCUUCCCUUCUGUGCCAUCUGCACGCUGGGGCGGCGGCAGCUACUGCAGGGGUUACAUCCUUGCUCAUGGUUGCAGGCCCCACAUUGGCGGUUCAUGAGCCAGUGCCAGCCUGGGGCAGUCUGUGCCUCGGGGUUCUGGGUGGGUCCCGAAAGGCCCCCAGGUCAGGAUGGAUGGGAAGUGGUCAGUUCUGGGCUCCCUUGGUUCCUCUGUCCUCUGUCGGCUUGUUCUGUGCAACCAUGUUUGUUCUUUAAACUUCAGACAGUCGGCGUUGUCCCUUCUUGGUUUCCGUCCGGCUCUUCCAUGCGUGAGCGCUCCUGGCACCGGUCAGCGGCCGCCCCCUGGUUGCUUGGUGGCUUCCCGCCCUCGGGCCCCGCGCUGACUGGCCUGCUGAGCCCGGUGUCCAUCUGUUCACACGGCUGCGCCCGUGUCCUUACUCCGGAGGCCGAGGGCGGUUUCUCGGGGA